CACCUUCACCGUUUCCAGCUCGGAUCCACCCUCGCGUUUUGCAGCCUGAACCCGGAGCCGCGGAGGACGAGGUCUCGCGGCCCGGAGCCGGGCUGUUACGUGAGAUGUUCAGGAAGUUAUUUGAGUCGCCUGGAUAAAAGCCCGCGGCAGCUGGGCGCGAGGCAGGAGCGAGACAGAGCGGGGCUGUAUCACCCAGCAGCCCCAGGAACCGCGUUAGCUGCAGCCGCACAAUGAGUUGUUUACUGGCCUCGGCUGCCUGCGGGAGCUGCCAAAAAGAGCGGAGGAAAAGGAGCAGCGGACACAACGCGGGCGAGGCGCGCUAGCCGGGAGGCUGGGCUUUAACGGCGGCUCCGGCUUGCAACCCCAUGGAGCUGGAGACGGCCGGGGAAGAAAGGAGAGGGCAGCGAGCGCUCGGCUCCGCCAGCGAGCCGAGGUGAAUCCACCGCUCCCCGCGUUGCCCUUCCCCGCGGCCGGGAGAUCCUCUUCCCCCGCUGAUGGGCCGGUAUCGAAGGACGAAAGGACUCGUGACAAACUCAUGGUAGCAAGGCGUCAAGCGACCUUCCUGGGAUGUGCUUCUUCAGGAGGAAGAGAGAUCACUACCUUAUUUUAUGGAUGUCACUGAAAUAGACUUUGAGGCUCUUCGGAAGCCCAUCACAAACCUGGCAUGGGAAACCACAGCAACAAUCAUACCUGCUUGACAGAUGAUUCCUUUAAGUACAACUUGUACGGAGCUGUGUACAGCGUGGUCUUCAUCCUCGGUUUGAUUACUAACUGUGCCUCCCUCUUCGUUUUCUGCUGCCGGAUGAAAAUGCGAAGCGAAACAGCCAUUUUCAUGACAAACCUGGCUGUUUCAGACUUGCUGUUUGUGUUCACCUUGCCUUUUAAAAUUUUUUAUAAUUUCAACAGGCAUUGGCCUUUUGGAGACAGCCUCUGCAAGAUUUCCGGUACAGCAUUUCUCACUAACAUCUACGGCAGCAUGCUGUUCCUCACCUGCAUCAGCGUCGACCGUUUCCUUGCUAUCGUCUAUCCAUUCCGAUCUCGUACCAUCAGGACGAGGAGAAAUUCAGCCAUAGUAUGUGCUGGUGUUUGGAUACUGGUCCUCAGUGGCGGGAUUUCAGCUUCACUGUUCUCUACAACCAACGUCUCUAACACCAGCACAACCUGUUUUGAAGGUUUUUCCAAACGUAUCUGGAAAACCUACUUGUCUAAGAUCACUAUAUUUAUUGAAGUGGUAGGAUUCAUAAUUCCUUUGCUACUCAACCUUACAUGCUCCUCUUUAGUACUCAGGACUCUUCGGAAACCUGCCACCUUGUCUCAGAUUGGGACAAACAAAGAGAAAGUACUGAAAAUGAUCAUUGUGCACGUGGCCAUUUUUGUUGUGUGCUUUGUGCCUUACAAUUCCAUACUCUUCUUGUACGCGCUCGUGCGGUCCCAAGCAAUAGCAAACUGCUCCUUGGAGCGAUUUGCCAGGACAAUGUACCCAAUCACCUUGUGCAUCGCUACAAUGAACUGCUGCUUUGACCCGUUCAUCUAUUACUUCACAUCAGAAUCCUUCCAGAAGUCUUUCAACAUAAAAACCCAGAUAAAAAUGGAUUCUCUUUUCAAGACUGAAACACCUCUCACAAAGACUGCACUACCAGCACCACAGGAUGAAAUAAGUGACCAGGCUAUUACGAAUGGGGGAGAUCCAACAUCUGAAUCACAUUUCUAGUGACAUGUUUACACAUGCAGUUAUCUCCCAUUCAUUUCUUCAUUAACACGACGUGCAAAACAGUUGUUUCAGAACAUAGGUUCACACCUGGUGCUACUGAAGAAAAGUUAAUGGGGGAUAACUACACAGGUGGGCAAACGCUCACACUGGGAUUGCUCCAUCAGCUGCAACAGGCAUCUCCACUUGAGAACAUGAGAUAUAAUGAUCCAGAUGGAUCUCUUCGGAGAUUAUGGAUGGGUGACAACACACACACCAGCUAAGGAGGGAAUGGAUCAGAUUCUUUAAUCACAAGAUGCCAACAUUUGGCAUUUCUUCCCCCCAGCAUUUGACAUGGGACCAGCUGGGAAAUAUAAAAUUUAAUUUUCUUAGAGAUAUCUGCCAAUAUUUCAUGUCUUCUGGAGAUGAAUCUUCAUAUGUUAACUCAAUAACUUCACACAAUAUGUAUGUUUGCUUAAAAAAAGGUGUAAUAAAAGCCUUGGCUUUUUCUUAUUUCA